AUGGCUGGAAAGGUCGCCCUUGUUUUGAGCAGCUUGCUGGCUUCUGUCGUCUCCGAGACAGUUCAUGGCGUUGUCGUCUACUCUCGCCAUGGAGAUCGUACUACGAAGCAUUACAAGAACCAGCAAUUGACCAGCCUCGGAGCUCAGCAGAAUUUUGCCCAGGGCAAUCAGUUCCGGGCUCGUUAUCUUGAUGCAGAUUCGCCUCAGCGCAUCCUGGAUAUUUCCGAGGACAAAUAUGUCUCGUCCCAGGUCUACGCCAGUUCGCCGGACCAGGCCAUCUUGCUAAACACAGCUACGGCCUUUUUGCAAGGCCUGUACCCCCCUCUCGAGGGUCUUGAUCCCGAGCUCGCUACCAGCCAGCUCAACAAUGGAAGCGAGUCGGUUAGCCCCUUGAAUGGCUACCAGUACGUCCUGCUCCAUGGCCAGAGCGCAGACGCUCCCGAUGCCAUCUGGAUCAAGGGCGACGACAGCUGUCCCACUGCGGAUAAGGCUCAAAAGAGCUUCGAGAGCAGCACCGAGUUCCGCGACCGAUCAGACCAAACCAAAUCCUUCUACGAAAAGUUCCAGUCUACCCUUGCGGAUGUGUAUGACUACACCAGCCCCGCGAACUUCUCGUAUAAAAAUGCCUACGACAUUUUCGACUUGAUCAACGUUGCCCGUAUCCACAACAAGUCCUCUCCUGCUCUUGAUGUCUCUGACGAAGACCUCUUCCAGCUGCGGACUCUCUCUGAUAGCUCCGAGUUUGGCUAUAACUACAACGUCAGCCAGCCGAGUGGGUCAAUCCAUGCUAAGACCCUUAACGCGGGCCUGCUCAGUCAGCUUCAGAAGAUCGUUACUACCAAGGCCAAGCUCAAGUUUUCUCUCUUUGCUGGAAGCUACGACACUAUGCUUGCCUUCUUUGGUGUCAACGGUUUGAUUCAGUUGUCCGACAACUUCAGGGGCCUCCCAGAUUACGCCUCCACUCUGAGUUUCGAGCUCUUCACGGAGGAGGACAUGACGAGCUUCCCCGACAACACGGACUCAUUACGUGUCCGCUUCUUCUUGAAGAACGGCACCACCAGUGAAUUCACUUCGUAUCCCCUCUUUGGAAGUGGCGAGGACAGCCUCUCGUGGUCCAAAUUCCAGUCCGAGAUGAGCGACCGCUCGCUUUCCGAUGUCGGUACCUGGUGCAGCGCUUGUCAGAGCAAGCUUCCCUUUUGCGCCGCUUACAUCGACGACGCGUCUGCUGACACAAAUAGCAAGAAGGACGGCGGCCUAUCUCCUCUCGCCAAGGGUGGUAUCGCCAUGAUUGUGAUUGGUUCUGUCUUCCUUAUUGCUGGACUGGCCCUGUUCUUGCUGUCUAGGAGGAAGAGGGCCCAGGCUCCUGCUGCGGCUCCUAUGGCUACUGCUGAUCAGAAGAGCAUCAACAGCGACAGCACACCAAGCCAGGUUUGA